GGGCACCACUGCACCAGGACACUAACCUGUUGAGAGAGGCGCCGGCCACCUGCCUCUGCAGCUGUCUCCGUUCGUGUGGAGAAUGGAGGAAGGAGAAAGUAGCCCCUUGCUCUUCCAGGGCACCGCUGGCCAAGAGCCACCACUCGCCAGGAACAGUCCCCCUCCUGCAAAAUCCCCAGGUCCAACACUCUGGAAGGACCAGACAGGGGCCUGGGGCUGCAGAUGCUUGCUCCAGGCCUGGAGGGAAGGCCUGGCCUCCUCCCUCCACCUUUCCAUAGGGAGCAGCUGUGUCAAGUACCUGACCUUCCUCUCCAACUUCGUCUUCUCCCUGCUGGCCCUGCUGGCCCUGGCUGCAGGGCUCUGGGGCCUAGCUGUUAAAAGUUCUGUGGGGAGUGGCUGGGAUGGACCCCUGCCCACAGACCCCAUGCUGGUGCUGGUGCUGGGAGGCCUGGUGGUCAGCGUGGUGAGCCUGUCCGGCUGUCUGGGUGCUCUCUGUGAGAACAGCUGCCUCCUGCACUGCUACUGUGGGGCUGUCCUCUCCUGCCUGGCCCUGGAAGCCCUGGCGGGGGCUCUGGUGGUGGCCCUGUGGGGCCCGCUGCAGGCCGGCCUGGAGUCUGCCCUUCAUGCUGCCAUCAUCCGCUACUGGGAUGACCCAGACUUGCGCUUCCUCCUCGACCACGUCCAGCUGGGGCUGCAGUGCUGCGGAGCAUUAUCGUACCAGGACUGGCAGCAGAACCUGUACUUUAACUGCAGCUCUCCCAGGGUGCAAGCCUGCAGCCUUCCUGCCUCCUGCUGCAUUGACCCCCAGGAAGAGAGAGCUUCAGUGAACACUCAGUGUGGCUUCGGGGCGUUGCGCCUGGACCAGAAUGCAGCCGCACGGGUGGUGCACGUGCAGGGCUGCUGGCCUGCGCUGCAGGAAUGGCUACAGGGGAACAUGCCGGCCAUAGGAGGCUGUGCCGUCACUAUUGUCAUGGUCCAAGGGACUGAGCUCCUGUUGGCUGCCUGCCUGCUGAGGGCUCUCGCUGUCCACAAGCAGCAGAGGACACAGAACCCAGCCCUCCCCCCCCAGCAGAGCUGAAAAGAGAGGCCUAGUGCAGGCCAAGUCCGAGGACUCUCUUCACCCUCCAGGGAAGUGUCAGGGUAACUAACUCCCCAAGGGACUGACCCCUGGCCUUCCACUCCUGGCCCAUUGCCUCCUUCCUUGCUGCAUCUCUUCCGUCAGGCCCCAAGGCCCACCUGGAUGGACUCUGCUGCCCUGAUUUCACAAUUUCACUCCUGAUUUCUCAGGACCCACCUAAGCUCAUGGCUGGCUUUUGCAGAGGCCACAGAGGCCUGUGUCUGAGCACACUGCUUCCCACUAGGUGACAGGAAGGGCAAGGGCUGGAGGUUCCCGCUUUGACCCUCAGCCACCAACUCUGAUCUGGGUCAGCCUGGCCGGCGAGAUAGUCUAGAUCCUCCUUCUGUCACCGCUGGCUUCUCGGGGCCCCUCCUGCUUUCUGGUCUUCAGUGAGAUGUAGGGUAAUGCCCAGGCCACACCCUGUAGAAAGCUUUUUUUGGUAGUAGAAAGACUUUGCCUAUUGGUGUGUACAUUAAUAUUUGUAUAGUAAACUACAGAUCUCACAGAGACUGGGACUGUCUUCCCCAAAUCAAGACGGAGACAAUUCCUAGUUUCCCAGCUAGCACUGACUGAUUACAAGUGUGUACCAGCACCAAGAGCCCUUCGGAAGGCCAUUUUCUGCAUGCCCAAGUAAUA